AUGGCUCCUGUUCGUCCCCAUGGCUGGGCUGACUCAGAUCAAAUUGCCAAGGCCCUGUGUGCUCUCGAGACCCCAACCGAAUAUUCUUCCAAAACCAUCAACCUCGAUCAGUCACAUCCGCCUACCCCUGACGGUACUGGACGCCCUACCAAUUUUCAGACAGUUGCUCCAGGCAUCUACCGAUCCAGCUAUCCUCAAUUUGUCCAUUUCGAGAAGCUAGAGGAUCUUGAGUUGAAAACGAUCAUUACGUUCGUACCGGCACCGCUGGAGCUGGACUACAGUAACUUCAUCUCCACGUCGGGCAUCAUCCACCACCAAAUACCAAUUCUCGCGAACAAGAAGGCUGACGUUUUCACCUCAGCUGACAUUGUUCAUCAAGUAUUAGAGCUUAUGCUUGAUCCUAACAACUAUCCAAUGCUCAUUCAUUGUAACAAAGGCAAACACAGGACGGGAUGUAUGACCGCCUGCUUUCGUAAAGUUUGCGGCUGGACAGAUGAGGCUGCUCUUGAAGAAUAUGUCAAAUACUCCACGCCUAAAGACAGAGAAUUUGACAAGGCUUUCAUCAAACGCUUCGAUCCAGCGCCUCUUAAACCUCUUGCUCUCGAGCGUGGAUACGUUGGAGGUGUCUACAAACAGCCUAUCGGUGAUACGCAAAUAUCUGAACGGUCAACGAUGACGGUUUACACGAACAACAGCGUCUCGACAUACGAAAAUGACGACGGAGAUGUGCAGCACGAGUAUCAGGACCGUGUGCGCAAACGGAACAACGAAAUAAUGGAAUCUACAUGGUUGUGGAGUCAUCGAUAG